AUUUGGUGCGGGGUCUGCCCGGGCAUGCCUAUGCCAGGAGCCCAGGGCUUCCUUCUCACGUGGGUGCUGGGGCCAGAGUCAUGGUGAGUGUGGCCAGGUGUGCAUGCUCCAGAGUGUGUCCUGUCAGUGGGCCAGUUAGCAGGAACCUGUCACAGGCCCCAGGGAGCGCCAUGGCCCGCGCACGCCAAGAGGGCAGCUCCCCGGAGCCCGUAGAAGGCCUGGCUCGCGAUGGUCCGCGUCCCUUCCCACUCGGCCGCCUAGUGCCCUCGGCCGUGUCCUGCGGCCUCUGCGAGCCCGGCCUGCCCGCCGCCCCCGCCGCCCCGGCUCUGCUGCCCGCCGCCUACCUCUGCGCCCCCACCGCCCCGCCCGCCGUCACUGCCGCCCUGGGGGGCCCCCGCUGGCCUGGGGGUCCCCGCAGCCGGCCCCGAGACCCGCGCCUGGAUGGUCCUCAGCCAUCACUCUCGCCGGCCGAGCAGCACCUAGAGUCGCCCGUUCCCAGCACCCCGGGGGCCCUGGCGGGCGGUCCCACCCAGGCGGCCCCGGAGAUCCGGGGGGAGGAGGAGCAGUGGGCCAGAGAGAUAGGGGCCCAGCUGCGGCGGAUGGCGGACGACCUCAACGCGCAGUACGAGCGGCGGAGACAAGAGGAGCAGCAGCAACACCGUCCCUCACCCUGGAGGGUCCUGUACAAUCUCAUCAUGGGACUCCUGCCCUUACCUAGAGGCCACAGAGCCCCUGAGAUGGAGCCCAAUUAGGUGCCUGCAACCACCCAGUGAACGUCGGAGACUUGGGGGGCAGGACCCUCCCACCUCCUGACACCCUGGCUAGCGUGGGGGACUUUUUCUGCACCAUGUAGCAUACUGGACUACCAGCCCUGCCUGUCCCAGGGGCAGCAGGCCAAGACAGCCACUCCAGCCCCAGACCAACCUGGGGUGCACUGACAGAUAUGUGGACUCCUGGGUCCCUGGCAGGAAGCCAGAGGGGAGGGCUGAAGGACUCAACAUCUGAAGGCGGCGGUGACUGAAGGGGUGGGGACUGAGCCGCCCGCCUCUGCCGCCCACCACCAUCUCAGGAAAGGCUGCUGGUGCUGGCUGCCCAUUCCAGCUGCAGGGGUAACACUGGGGUGUCCUCCCAGUGCUCCUUCACUUUGGGCCUGGCUGCAGGCCCCUGGUGCUUUGCCCCCUCCUCCUGGGGAGGGGGCCUGUGAAGAGCAAAUGAGCCAAACGUGACCACUAGCCUCCUGGAGACAGAGAAUGGGGUGCUCUGAUGGCUACCCCAGCCCAGCACCCCGCCAUCUUCCCUGAGCCAGCUGGCGGGUGGUGGGCAUGCCUGCCUCACCUUCAUUGGGGGUGGCCAGGAGGGGCCCAGACUGUGAAUCCUGUGCUCUGCCCGUGACCACCCUCUGCCCCAUCAGUCCCAUUGCAUAGGUUUAGAGACAGCACGUGUGACCACUGGCAUUCAUUUGGGGGGUGGGAGAUUUUGGCUGAAGCUGCCCCAGCCUUAGUCCCCAGGGCAAAGCGCUGGGGGAAAGACGGGGAGUCAGGGAGGGGGGAUCUCAGAAGAGGGAGGAGUCUGGGAGUGGGGAGGGAAGGCCCAGCCUGUAAAAUACUGUAUAUGCGCUGCUGUAGAUACCGGAAUGAAUUUUCUGUACAUGUUUGGUUAAUUUUUUUUGUACAUGAUUUUUGUAUGUUUCCUUUUCAAUAAAAUCAGAUUGUAACAGU